AACAGGAAGUGGACGCUGCCAUGGCGACACCGGACGCCACCUCGAGCCGGAGCCGGAGCCCAAGCCUGGGCAAGGGGAUGACGAAGGAGUCGCCGCCUCGCUCCGCAAGGGAGGAAGAGAAGCAGAAGAAGGUUCAGGGGUCAGAAGAGCAACGAGGUUCUCCCUCCAAAACAAAGACUAAUUCAAGGGCUUCUGCAAUCUCCAGGAGAUCCCAGGCCCAGGAGAAGGAGGAGGAGGAAGAGGAGGAGGAGGAGGGGAACAGCAAUUUCUCUCUGUUCCCUGAUAGUGACUCUUUCAGACCCAUAAAGCCAAUCCAGGCCUUUGUGCGAGUCAAGCCCACGGCUCAUUUUGCCCGAGACAUGAUCAAGUUUGGGACAGACAACAAGAGCAUCGACAUCCACAUCGAAAAAGAUGCCAGGGGAGGGAUUGUGAACAACUCCUCCACUGACUGGUCCUUCAGGAUGGAUGGGCUCCUCCACAACACCUCCCAGGACAAGGUUUAUGAGACUGUGGCCAGGGACUUGGUGGCUGCAGCUUUACGUGGCUACAAUGGCACCAUCAUGUGUUAUGGGCAAACUGGGGCUGGUAAAACUUACACCAUGACUGGAGCAACUGAGUAUGAGCACCGAGGGAUCAUCCCCAGAGCCAUCCAGCAGGUCUUCCAAGCAGCUAAAGAAUCCCCUGGCCUCUCCAUCACUGUCCUAAUUUCCUACCUGGAAGUCUACAACGAGGCCCUGUUUGACCUCCUGGGCCCUGGUUCCAGGAACACCCCCCUGGCUGUCCUGGAUUCCCCUCAGGGGGUUUGUGUCAAGGGUCUGUCCAUCCAUCCUGUCAGCCACGAGAAGCAGGCCCUAAAUCUCCUUUCUGAGGGUGGGACCAACAGAGCAAUAGCAGAGCACGCCCUGAAUAAGAAUUCCUCCAGAUCCCACUGCAUCUUUACUAUUUAUAUUGAGUGUCAUUCCAGAGUUUACAGGAAUCUCAAAGGCAUUAAAUCUAAAAUCACCUUGAUAGACCUGGCGGGUUCUGAGAGACUGAGCGAGGUCCCGUCUGCAGGACACAUCCGGAAAGAGAACUUCUACAUCAACAGGUCCCUGACGUUCCUGGAGCAAAUCAUCCUGGCCCUGGCUGAUCCCUGGAGGGACCACAUUCCCUUCCGGCAGAGCAAACUCACUCACGUCCUCAAGGACUCCCUGGGGGGAAACUGCAACACUGUCCUGGUGACCAACAUCUGUGGGGAAGCUGCUCAUGUGGAAGAGACGUUGUCUUCCCUGCGCUUUGCCACCAGGAUGAGGUGGAUCAUGGCAGAGCCAGUUGCCAACGUGACGUUUGAGCAGGAGGUGUCAGUGAAGGCUCUGGAGGAGGAGAUUGAUCUCCUGAAGCACGAACUGACCAUGAAGGACAUGUUUGAAAAUCGUUUGGUGACUUACAGCCCCCUGACUGGUGCCCAGAGAGCAGCAAUUAAAUCCCAAGUCCACAAAUACCUCAGAGGAGACAUUGAGGAGAUCGAUAUAGUGAACAUCAGGCAAAUCCAGGAGGUGUUUAAACAGUUCAAAGCGAUUAUAAGUCAACAGGAGAAAGACAUAGAGGCCAAGUUACGGAGCAAAUACCUGCUGGGAGACAGGGGGGAGUCCAAGGCUGACUUUGGGUCUGAGGUUGGUGAGGAGGUGGAAGAUGAGGAGAAAGAGGACAAGGAGAAGAAGGAUAAGGCAGGUGUGGCUGAUUUGGAUGCUGGUUUGGUGCAGGAAGUGGAAAAGCUGCAGAGAGAGGCUUUGGAGACUGGAACUUCCUCUUCCUCACCCGUUCCUGGGGAGAAGAAGGAAGACAAGAAGAGUGAGGAGCAGAUCAAGUGA